CUCCAUACAAAUACCUGAGCCCAUAACCUCGGGUGCCAUUCAUUUGCUGGGAUCGCCCAGUCUCAUCUGGAGAUACUAUUUGUUAUCUAGGCUCCAUACAGCAACUUCAAAAUGACUGCCUUCAAAGGAAUAUGGACAAGACCAUUUUGGACCUCUAUGGCUGGGGAAUUCUUAGCUGUUUUUCUUUUUCUGGUUGUUAGUUUAGGUUCCACAGCGGGGAUAACCAUACCAGGACCCAGUGACACGCACAUUGCAUUCUGCUUUGGAUUUAGCAUUGCCAUCCUAAUUCAUUGCUUUGGGCACAUAUGUGAAGCCUACUUGAAUCCUGCAGUAGCAUUGGCCAUGAUUUGCACAAGGAAAAUCACAGUGGCCAAAGGCAUAUUCUACAUCGUUAUUCAGUGUCUGGCAGCAAUCGCUGGUGCUGGGGUGGUAGCACUGGUUACACCCAAUGACAAGUGGCCAGUGGGAAUAACUAAGGAACAUGAAACUAUAUCGCACGGCCAGGCGCUCCUUGUGGAAACGCUUAUUACGUUUCAGUUGGUCUUCACAAUAUUUGCUUCAUGUGACAAAAAAAGAACUGAUAUCAAAGUCCCCAUUCCUCUUAUCAUUGGAUUGUCUGUAACAAUCGGACACCUUUUUGCAAUCAAGUAUACGGGUGCCAGCAUGAAUCCGGCAAGGUCUUUAGGAACAAGCGUUGUUUUCAAUCAUUGGGAGAAUCACUGGAUCUAUUGGCUUGGUCCUAUGAUGGGGGGUGUCCUGGCCAGUUUCCUCUACGAGUACUUAUUCUGUCCCGACCCAGAAGUUAAAUUACGCCUGCAAGCCAAUUUUUCAAGGCAACGAAAUGAGGAUGAGUCUGUCCAACUGAAUGUGCAUCCAGGCGGCGGUGGUGGAGAAUACAACAAACUGGAAGCCACUGCAUAAAACUAUGGAACUGUGUCAUUUGUGGAAUUCCACAAAAGGUUUUUCGUGAAAAUGCUUUUGUAUAACAUAGCAACGCUGUUACUUGUGAUACCAAGCAAAAUGGCUACUGCUGUUUGACAAACAAUUUCUCCAGUCAGAACAAUACGCAUAAUUUGUUAUUUUAAUGGAGGGCAGGUUACUGCCCUACUGAUAUGACCACUAUGGAGACCAGAAAUGUAGACAUAAGGUUAGAAACUUGCCCGCUUGUCUAUUCAAAGAUGGUGGUGGCCCUGAUAAAGCAGGAAGACCGGGGCUCGUCAAUUUAUAUUUAUUUAUUUAGUUUGUUUUUUAAACAUUGCAUUUGAAGAAUGUACUCUUUUUACAAUUAAUUCUGAAAGAGAGAAUACUUUUGAGCAGAGCAAACAGGGAGGGUGUGCUGUUUGAGCUCAAACUCUUCAUCUGUGCUGCUUGUGCUCUCAUGCAUAACAAAGGACUAAAUGUAGAAAUUGCAUGGGGCAGGAGUAGGGUUGCCACCUUUUUUGGACAAAAAUACCGGCCUUCCUAUUUAUUUAUAUUUUUCCCCUAUUAAUAACAUUGGGAUCAACCAUCAUUUUUACCGACCAGGCCAGUAAAAUACCAGCCAGGUGGCAACCCUAGGAGAGAUCCUUUGCAUAUUCCCUUGGGAGGAUCUACUGUAAAAAGGGUUUAUCCACCUCAGAACAACUGAUAGAGUACAUUUUCAAAAGAAUUCCGAAUCACCAGGGUUAUGUUGAGUAUAAUGUUGUUAUAUUGUAAUUUUAAUGAUUUAUAGAGAUUUUCCUUUCUCCUUAAGCUGCUCAUCAGAUAUAUUGUACAUUUCAGGCCUCUGAGCAUACUGCCUCCCUCAGCUCAGAGUCAUGUUAUAUUGAAAAGAGAAGGUUACUGGUGGAAAUUUGUGUAGUAUUUAUAAUAUUUAUAAUACACAAAAGCCAUGAAUAUCCUGUAAAUUAUAUCCUUAUAAACGGUGAGUUCUGAUGUCAUCAGUUAUAAACGGUGAGU